AUGUCACAGUCCCAUGAGGUAGACGAACAUACCAAUAUGGCUAUUUCGUAUACAACCCAGUCGUCGACCGGACACCCUCACCAAACCCUCCCCUCAUUCAGAGAGCUCCUCCCCGCUCACCUCCACGAUGAAAUCGAAUCUACCUCCCCAUUCUACACCCCCCGCCACUCACAAGACCGCCCACCCUCAAGCCACGAAAUGGCCGACCCCCGCUCAAUCUCAUAUGGCAACCAACCCAACCAAAUCCCCUACGAAUCCCACCGCGAAUACACAGUCUCCCGUGGGCCAGACCACCAACCCCGCAUGCCGGAUCCCGGCCACCACCACAUGCAUCUAUCCGAGAACGCAUCCCGUGGGCCCAGCCCAAUUCUCCCCCCUAUCCGCGACCUGGACUCCAUGCCCGGUCGAGCAAUGAACCCGUCCGCCAGCAGCGGGUAUUCUGAGCGGCCCCCACGCUCCGACCCCUUUAUCGCGCAGGAAUAUCGCCAGCCCGCGCCGACGGCAGCCAUUUCUGAUCCCCGCGGCGAGCACUUUACCCAGCCCAUCAUGCAUCCCCAGUCGCCGUACGGACAUCCUGCUAUCGGGUAUGAUGAGCAGAUAUCGCCGCAGAUGAUGGGGCAUGGGCAGGGGAAUUUCGGGAUUAUGGGCGAUCCGAUUGAUCCUAAGACGAAGCGGAGACGGGGGAAUUUGCCCAAGCCUGUUACGGAUAUUCUGCGGGCUUGGUUCCAUGAGCAUCUUGAUCAUCCUUAUCCCAGUGAGGAGGAUAAGCAGAUGUUUAUGACGAGGACGGGACUUUCGAUAAGUCAGAUUAGUAACUGGUUUAUCAAUGCUCGGAGACGACAACUUCCUGCGCUGCGGAACCAAAUGCGCAGUGGUGCGGAUGCGGAGUCUCAACGACAGUCGCCUUUUAGUGAUGUCGAUGAGCACAUUCCGUCUCCUCGUCACUAG